GUGCAACACAGGAGAAUCAUGAGGCAACACUGCGCCAUCAAACAUGGAAUAUUCAAGGAAAUCUUGGCUGAAUUCCUUGGGACGUUCGUCUUGGUUUUGUUUGGCUGUGGCUCAGUUGCUCAGACCAUCCUCAGUCGAAACACCCUGGGUGAGCCUCUGACUAUCCACAUUGGAUUCUCUGUAGGCCUCAUGAUGGCAGUCUAUGUGGCUGGUGGAGUGUCAGGAGGCCACGUCAACCCCGCUGUGUCUCUGGCUAUGGUGAUCCUGGGCAAACUGAAGAUCUGGAAGUUUCCUUUCUACGUCAUCGCUCAGUUUCUUGGUGCAUUUGCAGGAGCUGCUGCUGUCUUUGGAUUAUACUAUGACGCUUUCAUGGACUUCACCAACGGGAUUCUGUCAGUGACUGGAAUCAAUGCAACAGCUCACAUUUUUGCCUCGUACCCUGCAAGACACCUGUCAGUCCUGGGCGGCUUCAUCGAUCAGGUGGUGGGGACCGGUAUGUUAGUUCUGUGUAUUCUUGCAAUCAUCGACGGCGGGAACAUUGGCGCCCCCAAAGGUGUGGAACCUCUCGCAAUCGGCUUGAUCAUCAUGGCCAUCAGUGUUUCCAUGGGGCUCAACUGCGGCUACCCUCUGAACCCAGCCAGAGACCUGGGGCCUCGACUGUUCACGGCGGUGGCCGGAUGGGGGAUGGAGGUGUUCAGCACUGGGGAUUACUGGUGGUGGAUUCCAGUGGCGGGACCCAUGGUGGGCGGGGUGGUCGCCGCCGUGCUCUAUUUCCUGCUCAUCGAGAUGCACCAUGCCCACGACGAGACUGAGAAGCCGCACGAGGAGGAGGAGGAAGAGGAGGAAGAGGAGGAGGAUGAGGACGACAACAGCCUGAAGGACAAAUAUGAGAUGAUCACCAUGGGUUAGAGGGAUCUCGACUGGGUUUUGUGGGAAGAAGAAAAGGAUCACAGGCGUUCUGUUUGUGUCUGUGUUCUCAAAAUAAGUGGGCUGCUCCAACACAGCCCAUCAAAGCAGAACAAAAAAGUCAAAUCAAAAGGAAAAAAGUUAUUUAAUUAAAUGAUUUGGUUUAAAAAUGAGCUUCAAUUUUACCCUUAAUUUAUUUUGUUACAUAAACAUAUUUAUUAUCCGUCACAUUUUUACCAGAUCUGUAAAUAAUCUCCUGUAAUUCUAGAAAAUAAUGUUUUGUAAUAGCUUAGUUUGCAUGCAAGAGUCCUUUAAAGAUGCUCCUUCUUUUGUAGUUUUGAAAAUGUCACGGUUCUUUACAUUCUUGGGGUUUUUUGGUGACUUUUGCACAGCCCUUCGUGAUAUACUUUACUUUACUCAUCACUGUUUUGUCUAAUAAAGUUUCUACAAAUUUCAAUUUC